GCCUGAGCUGGAUAGGGAUGAUAUCUUUUCUCCUCUUGCUUAAUGUACCUUAUCUCCAUAUUUUUCUGUCAGCCAUCAUCGUAUGUCCUUCUGCCAGCUAGAAAGAACCCAGUGGUCUCGGCAGCAACCUGGGUUUUAUUUUCAUUUUGGCUGUUUGUUUUGCUGGCUUCUGUGAGGAAAUCUGACAAACAGCAACUGUCUGUUGUUUUAUUUUCUUUUGAGUCUUUGCCUGAGGAACCUCACCAAGGCCUGAUGGGAGUAUCGAGUGGGCUGUGAUUGUCUUGUUUUGUGAGUUGGUGUUGUGGACCAUGAUGAGGCUGCCACAGUCGGAUCCAGUACAGAACAUGUUCCUCCUACUAAUUUUGAGCCUGGGAAUGCAGCUUCAACAGACAGUAGCUUUGUUCACAGUGACCGUCCCAAAGGAAAUGUACGUGGUAGACUAUGGCAGCAAUGUGACCUUGGAGUGUGAUUUUGACACUGGAGGUCAUGUGGAAUUUGAAAUUUUAAAAGCCAGUUUGCAAAAAGUGGAAAAUGAUACAGUCUUGCUCAGUGAAAGAGCCACUUUGCUGAAGGAGCAGCUGCCCCUGGGGAAGGCCUUGUUCCUCAUCCCCCAAAUCCAGCUGAAGGAUGCAGGGCAGUACCGCUGCCUGAUCAUCUAUGGGAUUGCCUGGGACUACAAGUACCUGACGCUGAAAGUCAAAGCUUCCUACAAGAAAAUACACACUCGCCACCUCAAGGUCCCAGGGACAGAUGAGGUGGAGCUCACCUGCCAGGCUGAAGGCUAUCCCCUGGCAGAAGUGUCUUGGCCAAACAUCAGUAUUCCUGCCAUCACCAGCCAUACCAAGAUCUCUGAAGGCCUCUACCAGGUCACCAGUGUUCUGCGCCUAAAGCCACACCCAGGCAGGAACUUCACCUGUGUGUUCUGGAAUGCCGCUAUGAAGGAACUCACUUCGGCCACCAUUGUCCAAGGUCCUAUGGAAGACCCCAAGAUCCCUCCAUCUUCACUGCUUCAUGUUUUCAUUCUCUCCUUCAUCAUUGCUUUCAUGUUCAUAGCCACAAUGGUAGCCCUAAGAAAACGACUCUUGCAGAAGUUGUAUCCUAGAGAAGAUGCAACAAAAAGAUCUGCCACCAUGGUAAGGAAAGAAGUAGACAGAGCUAUUUGAACCUGUGGUCUCAGGAGCUGGGGUGACCUGAUAGGACAUCCUCAAGAAACUUCUAGACUCUGAGCAAGAAUCCCCUGGCCUGCAGAACUUCUUGUUUGUACUUUUCAAUUGUCUUUGUAUAAACCAGCACUUUAUUCUGGAGACUGCAGCACGACUAGGCAGCACCUACCACCGUGUAACGGAAAGUCAGGCGACUGCCCCUCCACUGAUCUGGGCUCCUUCCCCCACAGCCCGUGGCUCCAUGCACACACUACUGCACUUUAGAAAACAACCACACUGGAUCCUGGACCCCACUGAGGGUCCUCUGGCUCUUUCUUUUUUCCAGACUGGAAACAGAGGGAAUUAUUUCCCCUUAAGUUUCCAAAGCGGUUUCCAGAAGCAGAGACAAGUAGAAGUUUCCAGUUACAGAAAUGGACAGAAGAUUGCCAGUAGAGUUAUUUUUAUGUGUAGUUUCCUCUGGAUACUGAACAAACCUGUUGAGACUUUGAGUUCACAGACAGGACUUUAUAUAAAGUCAAGCCAUAAUUGACAUGUUUUAUGGUUUACAGGAAGCCAGAAAACAUCUGAGUUGUUUUAAUGAAGUGUUUAAGCAUUGAGGUACACAGAGUGGUCAACUACAGAUUGUGGAGAAAAACCAUUGAGUAUUUUUCUGAGAUCUAAAUCACAAAGCAUUGAUUUUAACUUGUAAUGGCACUGUGUUGAAUGGUAUUUUAAAAGCAAAUGCAAAC